ACACGGCCUCCCCUUAAAAUCCAGGGGAAUCUAGGUAUUGGAUAGGUGUAAAACCUAAACACAUAGUGGGGUUAUUCGUGAGGGAUAUAUGCCUCAAGGGGGUUGCACAAAGGUAAUUAGGGAUCGUUCCACUUUUCUUCAUAAUUGACUCGCCUUUCCCACGGGAUCUAAGUAAAUUAACUACACAUUAUCAUUUGGUAAGGUAACUAUAAUUCAAGGUUUGACAUCUGGUUUGGAUAUUACAUCCGUGAGGAAUAUCCUGGUGAGUUUUGGAUUUAUUACAUUUUGUGGGAAACUACCUUGGGGAGCUUUUGGAUACUUUUUAAACAUUUUCCUUCUAAAUAUGGGAUCUAACCUCGAUUUUUACUUGGAAUUGCUUGAAACUGGAAGUAAAUCCCUAUUAUGAAGGAUGUACUUUUCUUUGAAGAAUCUAUUCAGGUAAUAUAUCAUUAUGUCAAGGAUCUCCCAUCUCGGGUUGUCAAUUUUUUUCCCUCUUGGCCACAGUCGAUGGAUGGACUACUUUUUACAAUUUUUUUGCAUCUGUGGAUACGGCCUGUUCUGGAUUUAAGUGGAUGGAAGAACAUUUUUUACACAUCACAAGAAAGACCGAUUUAAAUGCAUAUAUCCUAGGGUAUCUCAAUCAUUUUAGGGUGAGAUUAACUUUAUAUUAUAAAAAAUGUUGUCCCAAAUAUGGAAGCUAUACAAAGAAGACUUGGCAAGAAUGCGGAUGGUCCAGACAAAAAGUUUGUGGAGCUAUUCUUGUUUUGGCUUGAUGGCCAUGAAGACGCAUGAAGACUGCAUAGUUGGGAUGUACCCUCCUGGAUGUACACACCCCAUGUUGGAUGUACUGAUGUUGACCAUAGUAUGGAUAGGUGUAGCUGCCGUUCAUUUGGAUUACUCGAGUGUGGAUGUAGCUGUGUAAGGCCUCAGCUCAGUGAGGAGAAGAGCACUCCGAGUAUGUAUAUGUAUGAGAGCUGAAUACAACUUUUUCAAAGUAACUUGAAAUGUUACUACAAAAGAUGAAGCCUUCCAGUACGUACGCCCCAUGAGAUCCUUGGAUUGUGGAAUUAAGACAUGCCUGUGAGACCAUGAGGAGUUUAUGGGCUGUGAUUAUAGUGCCUGUGAGUCUACAAGCUUGUGUGAUCUUGAACUACUUGAUAUUAUCAGUGGAAUACAUUUUUCACCCUUUUUCUCCCAUGUAACGUAAUUUUUGGAACAUACUACAAGAUAAGAUUGAUCCAGUUGGAUGUAUUUUCCAUUCGGGCACCAACUUCCUGUAGUCAACCUGGAAUUCCCUGAAUUACUCCGAAGUUCAUCAGCUUGAAAAAAAAAUCCUAGUUAUUUAUUCAGGUCUUAUGUUCCUAUAGUGUUUUUUUUUUUUUUUCUACAUGUCCAGAAAUCCAUAAAGAGGUCCAUUUCUGUGAUUUGUUUUGUUUUUCCUUUUUUCCAUCCAGUGAAGAGAAUUAAGUAGCCUAACUGGAUUAUACAUCAACAAUCUACUGGCCUGGUGCUCCACAGUAUUUGAAGAUAACGUGCAGUGUGAUUCAAGAGAACCGUUUUUUGCCUAAUUAGAUCAAUUGAUUUUUUCCCCUUGGUUUUUCAUUCGGGCUCUCACAUUCUGAUCCACCUAGAUUUUAUAUGGAUUAGUUUCGGUAACUUCUUUUCCAAAAGUAGCUCAGACAGCCGGGAACGUGCAUAUGAUCACAGCCCAUAUGGACACCAUGAGCGCAGUGGCACUUUUGACAGACAGCGUCACUACAACGCUGAUUAUUACCGAGAUCGUUCCAUGUUUGCUGCUGCUGGCCCAGGGAGCAGUACUAUCGGGGGAAGCUUUGAGGCAUCAGACCCACAUUUUGACUCUAGAAUUCGAGACCCCUUUACUCUUACUAAUUCUACACGACGUGACCUAUACAGAGAUGACCGAGGACGGCGGGUUGAUAGAACUUACCAUCACCGUCGGAGCCGAUCGUCUCAUUCCUCACAGUCAAGGCACCCUUCCCCACAACGGACCACCGGACAAACCCCCAAAACUCCGCAUUCCCCUAAAAGAGCUCCUUUGUCCCCUGUGAGAGGUCCACGAUCUCGAUCCCGCAGCAGAUCUUCGAGCUCUGAUUCUGUCAGCAGCACCAGCAGCACGGGCAGCGGAAGCGACUCAAACAGCAGCUCAAGUGAUGGAUCUCGGGCACGCUCUGUUCAGUCGUCAGCUACACACGCCCCUACGUCUUCUAUGGGGCUUGACUCAGAUGAGCCACGCAGAAGCUUUGGAAUUAAAGUGCAAAACCUACCAGUGCGCUCCACAGACACAAGUUUAAAAGAUGGACUUUUCCAUGAAUUCAAGAAACAUGGAAAAGUGACCUCAGUGCAGAUCCAUGGAGCAUCAGAAGACCGCUAUGGUUUGGUGUUUUUUAGACAGCAAGAGGAUCAAGAAAAAGCCCUCACUGUCUCCAAAGGAAAGCUGUUUUUUGGCAUGCUUAUUGAAGUCACAGCCUGGAAUGGUCCUGAAACGGAGAGUGAAAAUGAGUUCAGGCCCUUGGAUGGCCGGAUAGAUGAGUUCCACCCAAAGGCCACAAGGACACUGUUUAUAGGCAACCUUGAGAAGACCACCAGUUAUCAACAACUCCUUGACAUUUUUCAACGCUUUGGAGAAAUUGUGGACAUUGACAUCAAGAAAGUAAAUGGAGUUCCCCAGUAUGCCUUUGUGCAGUAUUCUGAUAUUGCCAGUGUCUGCAAGGCCAUUAAGAAGAUGGAUGGAGAGUAUCUGGGGAGCAACAGACUAAAGCUUGGGUUUGGGAAAAGUAUGCCCACAACGUGUGUUUGGCUAGAUGGUUUGGCCAGCAGUGUUACAGAGCAAUACCUCACACGUCAUUUCUGCCGCUAUGGACAUGUAGUUAAGGUUGUGUUUGAUAGAUUGAAAGGGAUGGCCCUCAUCUUGUACAACAACACAGAUUUUGCUCAGGCAGCUGUAAGGGAGACCAAAGGUUGGAAGAUUGUCGGCAAUAAAAUAAAGGUGGAUUUUGCAAGUCAAGAGAGUCAGAUGGCAUUCUACCGGUCUAUGCAGGCAUCUGGUCAAGACAUUAGAGACAUCUAUGAAAUUCCUGCUGAACGACGAGAGGAACGCAGACCUCCAUACCAUGAAUUUACAGCGGAAAGGGCUUACUAUGAGAAUAUAAGAACCCCUGGCAUCUAUCCAGAGGAAGCUCGAAGAGACUAUGCUGCUCGCAACAGAGAGCGUUUUCCUGAACUGGAACACUAUCAGGGGGAUCACUUUGACCCACGUUAUCAUGAAGAUCCAAGAGACUACAGGGACUACAGAGACCCUUUUGAGCAAGAUAUCCGAAAAUACACAUAUAUUCAAAGGGAGCGAGAAAGAGAGCGAGAACGCUUUGAAGCUGACCGCAGCAGGUGGAGCCCUUCCCAUCCAAGGCGACCUGUUACUCCUACGGUAUCGCCUUCACCAUCUGAGCGUGCUCCCAGAGACUCAGAACGCCGGGUUUACAGCCAGUCCUCUGAGCGAAGUGGUAGUGUGAGCUCAAUGUCACCACCACACUUUGACAAAUCUGAAAAGAGCCUGCUGGAGCAUGCCUCAAAGAGUGACAAGAGUGACAAGAGCAGCCAACCAGAUCGUGUUGCAGGUGCUGAGAAAACCAAACGUGCCAAACGAAAAGAGAAAGGUGACAAAGCUGAGAAGCUUAAAUCAAGGAAAGCGAAGGGGCAAUCCCCAUCCAACCCACCACCUGAAACAGAGCUUGAGACUGGUUUUUUUGGAAGGGGAUCAGACCAGGAUGCUCAAGAGAGGCAAAAAUGUAAGGGGGAUGGUGAAUCUCUGACUGAAAAUCAGUUGUCAACUGCUCAUCAUGAUUCUGUAAAAAGUGAAAGAUCUGAACUGAGUAAAGGUGAGAAUUCAGACUUGGAUGGAAAAAAUCGACUCAAGAAACAUCUAAAGCCUGAUAUUGGAAAUGAUGGGAAAGAUACAUCAUUGGAUUCAGAUCGCCUUGCUGCAAGAAAAAAGCGCUUUGCUGAUUCCGGUGGAAGGACAAUUCGUCAGAAAAGAAGCAGGCAUGAGGACUCGGAGGAUGCUAUUCCAUCCUCUGACUUAAGUGCUAGUGCCACAUAUUUGAAAGAGUCGGACACUGACAAAAACAAAGAUUCACAACGGAGAGAUUCAAGACUCAAAACUGAUAAAUGUGGCACUCAGAAGGAAGGCCAAGAGGACCCUAGAGGACAAAGAGAGAAGUCGGAAGGAUCUUUGGACCCACUGGAGUCAAAACAUCCAGUGCACACUUCAUCCAGAAGGUUUUCACAUGAGGGAAUUGCAGACCAAAGCAGUAUAAGAGAACAAGAACACCAUGCUGCUUUCAAAUUUGGUACUCAAAAUGCUGACCAGGACAAAAGUGUUAAGAACAAGGAAGAUCAUGUUGACAUUGACCUCUCUCAGAGUUACCGCAAGCAAAUGGAGCAAAAUAGACGGUUGCACCAGCAGCAACAGCAGCGCGAGUCUGACAAAUCGGACAAUCCAGGAAGUCCUCAAGGAAAUGAAAUGGAGGACUUGGAACAUCGUAGUCUUGUGCAUGAAGUUGGUAAACCACCUGAGGAUGUCACAGAUAAUUUCCCGUCUCACAAACUAAAGAAACUAGACCAAUUUGAACCUGACUCAGGAAUUAAGAGAGAGCGUGUCUACAGGAGCUUUAGACAAAAAAGUGAAGAUCCUGAGUGGAACAACAUCUCCUCUCCAGGACAUCAGCACUUCUCUCACAAUGCUGAUGAGGACCUUGUGGACCUUUCUCAGAAAGAGUUGAGUAGAAAUGAGGAAAAAAUUCACCCAGAUCUUGAGCUAUUAGUCAAAAGGACACAUAACACACAGGUAAACAAGCCAAACACUCCUUUACUUAGUGUGGAAGAAGAGCAACAAAAGAGAUGGGAGAGCAGAGUUAAACAAGACUUGUUACCUGACCUGAAUUUUUCUAGAAGUCUAAGUAAAAACAUUCACAAUCGCAAGCGUUUGGAAUAUGGUAUUUGGCAUGACUUAGAGCCUGGGGAAGUACGAUCCGACUCUGAGGAGGACAGAGAGACCAAACCCCACUCUCCUGUGCCCUCAACAUCUAUGCCUUUUUCCGAGCGGCCGAGGGUUGAUAGGUUUUCAGACCCCAAACUAGCACAUCUUGAAAGGAACAAAUUCUACUCCUUUGCACUUGAUCAAACCAUUACACCUGAUACAAAGGCUCUGCUCGAACGUGCAAAAUCUCUCUCAUCUUCAAGAGAAGAUAACUGGUCGUUUUUGGAUUACGAUUCUCACUUUGCAAGUUUACGCAACAGAAAGGAUACUGAGAAGGUAGAAUCAGCACCACGACCUACACCCUCCUGGUACAUGAAAAAGAAAAAGAUUCGAAUUGGAUCUGUAGACAAACUUGAUGACCGGAAGGAGGAGCCUAAACCGGUGGAACAGGAACGAAGGGAACUUUUUGCCUCCCGCUUCCUUCACAGCCCCGUCUUUGAGCUGGACUCUAGGCGACUUCAACACUUGGAGCGUAAACAUGAAGAACCUGAGCAUACACAAAACCAACAACCAGGUCAGCAAGGUACAGUAGAUGGGGAACUUGACUCUGGGCCAGUUGUCCUUUUCCAUAGUCGUUUUUUGGAACUCACACGACUGCAACAACAGAAGAAUAAAGUCCGUCAGCUGCAAGAGGCAAAAGAGGACACAAUGCUCAGGGAUGAGAAUAAAGUGGAAAAAGCACCUGUUCAAGAGCAACAAGCUUUGCAGUCACCUAAAACAACAGAAUCUAUCAUGGAGCCAGAAAUCAAACCCAUCAGUCCUGCUGAAGAGCUUAUUUCUGAACCCCGACUCACACCUACUCCUGUCACACAAUCUACGGCCAAAGACUCUCCCCCUCCAGAAGCGAAAUCUGUUGCAGUAAAUCCAGCCCCUGAUCCUUAUCCACCUGUGUCUGUCAUGAAGGAAGAGGUAAAAGAAAAUGAACCUGUUGUAUCCAUUCACCACCUAUUAACUGAGGCGUCAUCUGAUUCUGAACCUGCACCAAUAGCAGCACCCGAACCCAGUUGUUCAGUGGAUAGACCUUCUCCAUCUGAAGGGAAAUUGGAUAUUAUUACUGAGGAUGUAAAACCUCUCUGUACAGAAAAACCAUGCCAUCGUGAUUGUCAUGAUGAGUUUGUUAGCAUUUCAGAAACGGAGCUUGAUCCUGAGACAACACAGCUAGAAGUGCCUGAAACCACUAGUCCCACACCACCUAGUCUUCUAGAGAAAGAGACCCAAUCUGUUUGGAAAGCAGUAGCAGAACCUGAGGGAGAGAAGAAACUUCAAGUUAGUAAAAUGCAGAUGCCCAUUGAUAAUGACACAAAUGACGAGCCAGUCUCACCCCAGAAAGAGCAUAAACCAAAAGAAAUGAAAAAUAAAAAGUGCAAAUAUUCCCCUGCUCAAGUUGCUGUAGUUCCCCUCAUAUCUACCUCUGGUUCAGAGAAACAAGCAACGCGUAAGAGUGAGCGCAUUGACAAAGAGAAGCUGAAACGUGGAUCAUCUCCAAGAGCUGAAUCAAAGUCCUCAGGCAAAUCUCCUAUUCAUGGAUCAGAACCUGAUAUGUCCGAGCCGGGCAUAUCAGCAGGCAGAGCAAGACGAAGAAAUGUUAAAUCUGUGUAUGCCACUCCAGUUGAAGAUGAUGCGCCAGCUCGUUCUGGAAAGGAAAUUACAGAGUCACCGCGCUCUGCACGAAAGCGAGGUACAGACAGAGAUGCAACACAACAACAAAAUAUCGAACAGGAUGCACCUGCUCCAACACCUGCAACCAAACGGGGCCGUCCUCCCAAGAAUCGCAGACAAGGCGACGAGAGUUCAACAAUUAAAGUAGAAAAAUCAAAAAUGGACAAUAAAGACACCGAUUCAAAUGAAUCAGAAGUUGGGGAAAGAAUUCCAAGAAUGUCCAAAGGGAAAACAUCCCCUCAUGGCACAAAGGGUUCAUUGAAUCUGAUGUCCACAGUCCUAGUAUCUGGAUCAACAAGGAAGGUAGAAAAACUUGAGAUGGCUGAGGAGGAUGAUCAGGAAAUGGAUUCCACAGAUGAAGAUUCCUCGGCUUUGCAAGAUUCAUCAAGUUCAUGUAAAGAAGAUCCAUCAAUAAAAAUUGACCAAAAGAAAGAGGAGAAAGAUAAAGAAGGAAGAGAAUUGGCCAGAGAUAAAGAUAUUUCCCAUGAAAAGGCAAGUGAGGGUAAAUCAAAUGGGAAAGAGACAGAUUCUCCAGUGUCAGAAGAGAAACCCAACUUAGAAAAAGACAGGGUUGUUAGAGGUAAAAACAAGUUGACAAGGACUCCUAAGUCUCCUGUUCUCAAGAACCUCAAAAUCAGACUAAAUGUGACAGAGGUUAAAGAUCUUCUUCAGUUGGGGGAUGAUGAAGUUGGGAAUCAAGAGGAUUCUUCAAAAAAGAUCAGGCCUGGUGACAACAGUGAUCAUGUUUCAAAGUGUACUAAUGCAAACAAAGGUUCCAACAUUGAAGAAAUGGAAAAUGCUUCCACUUUGGAAAAAAAAGAUCUCCUGGAAUCACCAAAAAGCUUAAUUUCACAGGAGCUGGAAUUGGAGCAGGCUGUGGAGAACAUUGCUAAACUAACAGAGCCACCUUUUCCAACAGAAACACCGAUGCCACCUGCCCCACAUACAGAAGUAAAAAGUGAACCAGAGGAGGAAAAAACUUCAAAUCCUGCUAGCGAGACAGAACUCAUGGCUGCCAUUGACUCGAUAACUGCUGAUGGUAGAACCUUAACCCAAGCACCUCCACCAAGUGCAGAUGUAGGUUCCGAACCUGAGAUACAAAACUUGAUUCUGCCUGCCAAGGGAGAUGAACCUGAUACAAAUACACCUGCUAUACAGGAGGAGUCUGUCUUCCCUUCCACACCCAAAAAGGGCACCAAAGGAAGACCUAAAACACCCAAACGUUCUAAAGGCCAAAAGCAAGUGAGAAAAGAUUUUAAGGAAGGACCUUCAAUAAGUGAGGAAUUGACAUCUCCUUUAGCAGAUAGCCCACCUUCCAGUGUAAAGACUGUUCCUGCAACGACUGUUCCUGCAACAACUCCAUCAGCAGCAACUACUGCGGUCAUUACUCUGACUACAUGGAAGCCAGAACUUGAGCCUUUAGCUGUCAAGGCUACAGAUGUAAACACGGAGUCAUCUUCUGAAGAAAAGAUUCAAAAUCUUAAAUCUGUUAACCCCCAGUCUAAGAAUCCAAUAUGCCCAAAGCCUCAACAGGUGCCACCUGAGUGCAUCUCCCCUUCCCUAUCUCCACUUGCUAACAGGCCAAUUAUCAGACCCAUUCAGACAAGCAAAAUUCCUGUUUCUCCACCAGAUUGGCGCCACCCGUCUAAGGAUACAGAAGUGUCCUCACCUGUCAUGCCGUUUGCAUUCAAGGAAAACCAGCCUUUACCCUCAGACUCUGACAAUGUGGAUAGUGAUCAUUGCAACAGUGACUUGAGACAGAUUCUUAUGAAACACAAAAAUAUUUCAUUGCCAGGCAGUAGUUCUAUUCCUAGUAAUCUACCCACCCUGCGAGAUCAGAACCCCUCUGAAAGUAAAACUCCAUCAGCUGUUGUGCCAAAUAAGUCACCACUACCCAGUAGUGGAAUGGCAGCUCAUCCAGCUCCACCUAUUUGUCGACCUCCGGCCUCACUACCAUCUCCUGAAACAAAGUCUGUGAUCUCUGUUAUUGCAUCCACUGCAACGUCUGUUAUCAGUCGUGUUUGCAACCCUCCUGAGCCUGAGGACAAAGUAAACACAAACAUUGGAAAUCCCUCUGUGGACAUGACUCUACCCAAGCCAACCUAUAGGCCCAGCAAAGACGAUACUGGAUCAUACCAUGGGCCAUCGGUUGGUGAUGACGAGGGAGGAAGUUCUGCACGCUUCAUUGUUGAGAGCCCCACUCUUGGUAUAGGAUCUUGCCCAGGCCUGAGAGUUAAUACAUCUGAAGGAGUGGUAGUAUUGAGCCACUCAGGCCAGAAAACAGAGGGACCACAGAGGAUUAGUGCAAAAAUAAGUCAGAUCCCACAAGCAACAGCAGGUGACAUGGAAUCUCAGCAGUUGGUAUCCAUGCCCCAGAUAAAACAGGAAAUGUAUGGUCAUUCUCACUUAGGACUUCAAAAGGGGCCUUCAUUGCAGAUAGAUCAUGUGCAUCCUGGUAAGACGCAGUCAACUUUGUCUUCUAUUAAACAAGAAAGCACUGGUUUGGAAAAGAUGGAAUCCUACCAAUCUGGACCUCAAGGAGUAGUGAAGCGUGUCACACAGGGUAACCAGCAAGUAAUGAGUUACCAUCAAGAGUACAUGCCAAUAAAACAUCAAAAGAAAAUGGACAGUGCUGAUCCUCACAUAACGGAUGGAGCUAAGCCACCUUGGACCUCUGCUAUAAGUCCUGCAAUAAGCCCCCAUUUGCCCUCUCCACCUGCCAACCAUGUAGGUUUUGUUACAGCAGCUGGCGACAGAGCUCCCUCCCAUAUUAGUGGAGUUAAACAGGAACCACGAUCCCCUCGCAAGUCAGGUCAUCCACACUCUCCGUUUACCAAAGUAUCCUCGCCCAUAGGCUCCUCGUCACCAAAGGGCAUACCAGUUAUGUUAUCAACUGGCCUACCUGCCAUGCAGCAGUUUAUUACUGGUGUACAUCAUCCAGAGCAGUCAGUUAUCAUGCCACCUCACAGUGUUCCUGGAAGCUUGGGACGGAUGUCUCCUCACCGUGUUACCCAGUCAAUUCCAGUGGGGCAUCUUGUCCAAGGAGAUCGGGUUAAUACUCCACCUCUUUCUGUGAUGAGCUAUGGAAUGCAUAGUGAGCCUCUUGCCUCUCCCUGGUCUGGCCCCGUGCAGUCACGGCCUACAUCACCCCAGGCUGUUGGCAGGGACAAAGUUCUCAAAGUAAACCCUGGUUCUUUAAGGGGCCAUGAGGGGGAACAGGAAGAAGCCAGACGCUUCCACCAGGCUCCAGGAAGACAAUCUGCUACACAGUUAAAACCGGAGACUAUGCAGUCAGAUCCUCGAGGGCCUUUGCGGACUAGUGUCCAGUUAGAAACAUACAUGGCACAAAGAGAUAUGCGUGUGCUGUUGCACCAACAGGGAGAGCGUUUGGGCACAGACCCUCAUUCUGGACACAUUCAAGAGACUCUUCCCCCCUCUUCAGCGCCUUCCAGCCUACCCUUAUCCUUGUCUCCAAGAGCACACGUUUUGCCUAAAGGUCUGUCUGAGAAGGAUAUAACGAAGCCAUUAGAAGCAAAGAGGCCACACUCUCCUCUUCCUAAAGAUGGAAUGAUGGGGAUCAGACAAUCGGGGCAAGCAAUGGCAUCUCCCCAGAGAGUUCAGCUAAUGCCGCCAGGACCUAGUGGCUCAUUCCCAGAGUACUCAGGGAUGUACUCCAACCCAAGAGGCAUCCAUUCUCAAAUACCAGAGACGUCUCCUGUUGGACUUAACCAGCCACCACUAAACGUUACACCAACCAUGGCUGCAGACCUCCAGACAAAAUCAGAUGGCAAGAUGACGCAGCCUGUUAAUAUGGUGCAGUUGCUCACGAAAUACCCUAUUGUGUGGCAAGGCCUGCUGGCACUGAAGAAUGACACAGCUGCAGUGCAGUUGCAUUUUGUCUGCGGAAACAAAGCUUUGGCUCACCGAUCACUGCCCCUACAAGAAGGAGGCGCAUUGCUUAGGAUUGUCCAGAGAAUGAGACUAGAGGCUUCGCAACUUGAGAGCGUAGCCCGAAGAAUGACGGGGGACAGUGACUUCUGUCUUCUCCUUGCUCUGCCAUGUGGACGAGAUCAAGAUGAUGUCCUAAACCAAACUCAAGCUCUAAAGGCCGCAUUCAUCAACUACUUGCAGACAAAGUUGGCUGCUGGUAUCAUCAAUAUACCCAACCCAGGUUCCAAUCAGCCUGCCUAUGUGCUACAGAUUUUCCCACCAUGCGAAUUUUCAGAGAGCCACUUAUCCCAGCUCGCCCCCGACCUUCUUAACAGGAUCUCUAGCAUCUCACCACACCUCAUGAUUGUCAUCACCUCUGUGUAACCUUCCCUGCUGGAAAUAAUGGAUGUUCUUGCUGAUGAGCCUCAGGAAACCAGAGGAAUAGGAGAAUUUUUUUUUUCCUGGACACAGUGGGAAUGUGUAGGAUGUACCCAAUCAACGUGUUUUUUUUUUUUUUUUUCCAUUUGUUACUCCUGUCUGGUAUUUUUGUCCUUCUCAAAAGAACUGAGGGAUGGACCAAACCAGAAUCAGUCUUAUUUGACCAUUUCUCUGCUGUAUUUCUAUUUAUUGGAGUUUUAUUUUAAUGUUCGGAGAUGCUCUGAAGAAAAAAAUCAGGAUGUUUGAUGAACAACAAUGAGUGACUAUCUGGGUGGCCUUUUUUCUUUCAUGUCUUUUAUUGAUUGUCAUAUUCAUUUCUUCACAAGAGUGGAUCAUGGAAGCUGUUGCACCGCAAUGGCUAAAAAGACAUUUGAACAUGUCAUUUUAAAUAAUUAUGUACAGACUUCCUCGCCCAGGCUUUCUUUUAGAGAAGGCCGAAUUGUAAAACUAUGGAAACCCUGUAAAGGACCACAUUCGUUUAACAGCUCCUUUAAUUCCACCAGCUCUGCUUAUUUUCUCACAAUACUGAAGCAGUCACACUUGUGGCACCUGCCUUUGUAUUGAACAAGCUACAAUAUGAUUUGGGAGUUUUUGAAUACAGGACUUUGUAAAUAUUUUAAAUAUUUAAACUUUGACAAUGGAACUUGAACUUGGACAACCUAACAGAGACUUGAACUCUGGGACAAACCAGAAUGCAGAGUGUGGAAAUUAAGAUGGAUAUCCUUGAUUUUUGGGUGUAAAUACUUGUAACACAAGAAGGUUGGCAAACUCUCUUGAGUCUGCUGAUGGCACUUCAUAUUUUGUAACUCAAAUAAAACAAACUCCAGAAAACUUGAA